AUGACCACCACCAACGAGCCCACCAGGUCCUACUGCAACCUCUCCCACGAGGACAUGCAAUCCGGAUCCAAGCACAUCUGCUGGAGCCCCAAAGUCCAGAACCUCAUGUACCAAUUCUGCGCCUUCAACAACAUCUCCGAGCACUGUCUGCCGGGCCCACGCAUGAUGGUCACCCUCCUGCAAUACAUCGACUUCGAUACCGAGGAUGAAGACGCCCUGCGCAACGCUACUAGCAAAGUCAUUACUUGGAUCCAGAGCCACGUCAAGCCUGCUGUUAUGAAUGGUAACUUGCGGGAAGUCUCCUCCGCUCCGGGAAAGAAGAUGGCGGAUUGGAGCAAUUCUUUCUCCGCCUUUUCCAAGACUUGGAUGGGCGAGAAGUAUAAUGUGAUCGGCAAUGGCAUGAUGGGUGGUGAUACGACCAUGGAGGAGUGGAAGGCUGGCGAGUGGCGUUCCAAGGCCAUUUGUGUCGAUCAGACCGUGGCGUGGAAGAGAGCCUAUCCGAAGGAGGUCUACAUCCAAGUCGGUGGUGCUCCAAACGCCAAUGCGAUUCCCGGUCAUUCUUCUGCUGGUCCUGCUCCGGUCUUUUCGGUUCCAGUUCCUCCAUCUGCUGGUGCUACUCCGGCUGCAGGUCCUUCCUCUACUGGUCGGGCCGCGGUUUCCGGGGUUCCCGAUCCUUCUUCGUCUGCCAAUCCUAUUGGUAGUGCCCAGGUCCCGCUUCCAGGCUCUUCUUCUGCUGGUGUCCAUACCUCCGCUACUCCAGUUGCUCCGCACCCGCAAUCAUCGCGUCCUACUCGUGUUGUUAUCAACUCCCACUUUCAGGACUUUGUCGUUAACGAGAUGCUCAAGAUCAACCCCGGCUGGACUAAGGAGGGAAUGGAAGAGUGGAUCAACACUGAAGCGGGCAUGAAGCAUAUGGUAAAGGUAAGAGUCCCCCCUUCUCUUCAUACAUAUUGCUCAUAUUGCUGGCUCUGAUUCUGACUUGCGAUCGCAGACCCUUAUGGGCGGCAACACCGAUGUCAACCUCGCCAAGAUCAAGAAGCUUGAGCAGAAGGUCAAACAGCAGGAACAAGCUCUUCGCACUCAGCAGGACGAAGCCGCCGAGAAGCACCAAUCGGAACUCAACCGCAAAGCCCAGGAGCAAGAGAAUGCCCAUGUCAGCAUUCGCGCGCAGAUGGAAGAUCUCUCCAAGAAGCAUCAAUCCGAACUCAGCCGCCUCACCACCACCUCCAAGACCCAGAUAGCCAAUGAGAAGCGUAAGAUGCAGAACCAGAUCGCCGACUUGGAAGCUCAGGUCAUGACCAAGGACAAGGAGUACAACAAGCUUUCCGCCUGGGCAACGGAGUCCUACAAGCAGACGGUCGAGAUGGAGAAGGAGAUCAACGAACUCAAGGCUCGCCGUGGCAGCGACAGCAGCAGCCUCGACAGUUACGAUUCCGAUCCUGGAUUCUUUCCUCGUGCGAAGACUGCUGAGAUUCCACUUUCACCUCGCCCAACCACCGAUACAUCUCAGCAGCAGCCAGCGAAGUUGUUCGCCCCAAAGCCGAUUAGGAAGAACUCCGCUUGGUUCACGUCCAAGCCCGUCGCUACUGGUGGUGAUAGUGAGGCUCCUUGCUAUCCCAACCUUCCUACGGCUACUCCUCGUACCUUCGCCAACAUCAACGCCGACAUGCCUGCCAUUCCUCGUUCCCUCACCAACAUCAAUACCGACAAGCCUGUUACUCCCCGUUCCCUCUUCACCGCCAACGCCAACACCGACAAGCCAGCUGCUCCAACGCUAAGCUUCCUCGACAGACUGAGAGGUACCGCCUCAACUGCCCCAGUUGCUCCUGUCCAGAAGCCAACGACCUCUGCUGCCUCCACGAUUGCAGAAUUGGAUGCCAAGCUGGCUGCUGCUGGUAUUUCGAUUUGA